AUGUGUGGUAUUCAUGCAAUAAUCUCUACAGAUGCUGCGCGAAGCAUUUCUCAUGAAUUGAGAACGCUGCUGUCAAAUCGUGGACCAGACCAUUUUGGCCAACUUCAUCGGGAACUUCCUAUCGAGAAUGGGGACUCGGCGGUUCACAUCAGUUUUACUUCUACCGUCUUAGCUUUGCGAGGGGACCAUAUUGCAAAACAGCCUUUGGUAUCACCUACAACUGGAUCUGUUCUUUGCUGGAACGGGGAAGCCUGGAGGAUCAGUGGUCAAUUCAUUAGGAGUAAAAAUGAUGGGGAGCUGAUCAUAGCCAAACUUGAUGCAACGGAUGCACUUUCGAACGAAGCCCGAGAGUCGCACAUUCUAGACGUCUUGCGCAAUAUUGAUGGACCCUUCGCAUUUCUCUUUUAUGAUACUCAGAUCAAACGUCUCUACUUUGGCCGAGACCGUCUUGGGCGACGAUCGCUAUUAUUUAAUCAAGCAGACGAUGGCAACUCGAUCUCAUUCUCGAGCGUCGCGGACGUGCCCACCGCUGGUUGGAUGGAAGUCAACGCAGAUGGAGUCUAUUCCUUGAACCUGGACACCCGCCGAGCUACACCUCAUGGACUGAAGCUCGACACCCAUGCUAUCAAACACGAUUGGAUACCGUCUGGAGGAGACGACAUGGUUUCGAGUAUUGGCAUUUUCAAUACGACUUUGCCUCCACCCGAACACAAGUUAGAUUUCAGCUCAUUAUCAGUCGAAAAUCUUAGGUACUGGCUAUGCGGAUCCCUCAAGCUGCGGGUAUUGGACAUCCCAGAGCCGCCCAAUCCAUCCAAUGAUGUUGAUAUUCGUGUCGCCAUCCUAUUCUCUGGCGGCAUAGACUGCACUGUUCUCGCGAGGCUGGCUCACGACUUUGUCCCAGCGAACCAAGGAAUUGAUUUGAUUAAUGUUGCUUUCGAAAACCCGCGCCAGGUUUCGAUAGGCAAAACUCUGCCACACCUAGAUGCGUCGGAUAUUUAUGAGGCCUGUCCAGAUAGGGUGACUGGCCGCAAGGCUUUUGCUGAACUGAAGUCUGCGUGUCCGGAUCGGCAUUGGCGCUUCAUCGCAGUUAAUGUACCCUUUGAAGAGGCCAUGAGCCACAAGUCAAAGAUCGUUUCACUACUCCAUCCCCACCACACGGAGAUGGACCUCUCAAUCGCCUUAGCACUUUACUUUGCUGCACGGGGUAUAGGCCACUCCUAUAUACACAAGUGUGAAUGGGAGCCAACACCGCCAAUCGUAACUUCACCAGCUAGGGUUCUCUUGUCUGGCCUAGGUGCCGAUGAACUUUUCGGUGGUUACGCACGACAUGAGGCUGCCUUUAAAAACGGAGGAUAUCCCCGUCUUAUUGACGAGUUGAAAUUAGAUAUUAGUCGUAUCGGGCAAAGGAACUUGGGCCGUGACGAUCGGAUCAUGUCACACUGGGGGAAGGAGGUGCGCUUUCCUUAUUUAGAUGAGGAACUUGUCAGGUUUGCGAUCAGCUCUCCAGUAUGGGAGAAGUGUGAUUUUCAAAACCAGUUCCAUCCAGCUAUCAUCGACCCAGCAAAGAGGAUACUUAGGCUUCUAGCUGAUAAGCUCGGCCUUCCCAUUAUUGCAAGGGAAAAGAAAAGAGCAAUACAAUUCGGGUCAAGGACAGCGAAGAUUGAGAGCACCACGGGUAGACGCCGAGGCACGGCACCCAUCACCUCAACUUAGUACCGUUGAUUUUUGAUAUGAGAAUCGGAUAAUCGAAAGUUCGAUGGUCUGGCGGUGAUGAUUCAUCAGAUACUUCCGAGUUGGAUUGCAAUGCAUUCGUUUUAAACCCCAGUGUGUGUUUCUGUAUUACAGUAACCCUCUUGGCAAGUUUUUAUCGAACAGCUACCAACAAUGACGCCCAAAAGGCAUGUCUGAGCCAGACUUCUCUAUUUGCUCCCAUUGGAGCAUUAUGCAUUAACUGAAGGCGAUCUGUAGGGUCUCUUUCUU